UUGGAGUUUUUUCUCGUAAAGCGGGUUCUUGAUCUGGCUCCAACGUGUACUUUAAUUUAAGGUUUAUUUUCCAUAUUGAAGAAUGCCAAUGAAGCUUGAUAUUAAGAGAAAGCUUCUAUCCAGAUCUGAUCGAGUUAAAUCCGUGGAUUUACAUUCAACAGAACCAUGGAUUUGUGCUGCACUCUAUAAUGGAAAUGUGCAUAUAUGGAAUAUCGAGGCUCAGCAGUUGAUAAAAACUAUCGAAGUUUGUACAAACCCUGUUCGCGCUGCGAAAUUUGUUGCUCGCAAAAACUGGAUAGUUACAGGUUCUGAUGACAUGCAGGUUGGUUUCAAAUAAGUCUACAACCAUGAUAUCAUGGUCAAUAAUAGCAAAAUCGUUAUUAUUUUUUAACUGACAAGUUAGUGGGGUUAAUGUAUGCAACCGAAAUCAAUACAAUAGCUUGGUUCACCUUUUUUCGGUUUUGUGCUUUGAGUGUGCUGGUUCCUCAUUCAGCUUAAGGCUUAUUGUUUACUUUUUCUAUACAAAAUGAUCCGUUCCUUCCCCUCAUUCAGCAACCAUUCUUGCCGCAUAAGAUAGCAAGAUUAUUUACGCCACAAAUUUUCCAAAUUUGAAAUUCCGUGAAAUAGGAAACGGGCCGCCUAUUUCACUUGUAUUCUUAUUAUCCUAAUUAUAGUUUCAUUUAAUUAAUUAAUUACUAUGUAUAACUAUAUUUCUAACUUCUGAAUACUUUUUGUUUUCAACUUGUCAUAAUUUUAAGCGAUGUGAAUCGACAUAGUAGUGUCUAGUUCUAUAUUGAAUAAUAAAUGUUAACGAUGGAUUUCACCAGAUUCUUUUCUCUCGUUUAGUUCGUAUGUUCAUGUUUUUGCUGAAAGUUCAUCCUUUGAAUAUUAUCUGCAGAUAAUCGUCAUUUGUAGUCCGAAAUUUUAGGAUUAGAUUUUAUCACGGUACAGAUGCGUAUUUAUUUUCUCCUGAGUUUUGGUGUUUCAAAUAUUGUAUCAUACUUCUUGCCCAUUGAUUUCAUGUGUUCCCUCCGGGCAGGUUGUCUUAUCAACAUGAACACUACUAUGAUUACGGACUUCUUGUUUUCUCUUUGCUGUGCUGAAUUUGAUGACUUGAACUAGUGUACGUUUGUUCCACAUCAUGCUUUGUCAAUGACUGACUAAUUAAUAACAUUCAUAAAUUUUAAAUGCUUUUGAGUGCUUUUUGUCAUUGCAAACUUCGCGCUUUGUCAGGUUUUUCAUUUUAGCUGUGUCACUUAUACUAUUUUCUUCAUACUUCUAACUACAGUUGCGAGUUUUCAAUUACAAUACUCUUGAAAGAAUUCAACAAAUAGAAGCACAUUCUGAUUAUAUACGAUCCAUUGCUGUGCAUCCUACUCAGCCAUUUAUCCUCACAUGUUCAGAUGAUAUGCUUAUACGUUUAUGGGACUGGGAAAAUAACUGGACAUGCGCUCAGGUGUUUGAGGGUCACAAUCAUUAUGUUAUGCAUAUAGCAUUCAAUCCAAAGGAUAAUAACACGUUUGCUAGUGCUUCUUUGGAUCAUACAGUCAAAGUGUGGAGCCUGGGCUCAGGUACUCCAAACUUCACUUUAGAAGGUCAUGAGAGAGGAGUCAAUUGUGUAGAUUACUCUACAUCCGGUGAUAAACCUUAUUUGGCUAGUGGAUCAGAUGAUAGAACUGUGAAAAUAUGGGAUUAUCAAACUAAAGCAUGUGUUCAAACUCUCGAAGGUCAUGCUCAAAAUAUCAGCUCUGUUUUAUUCCAUCCUGAAUUGCCAAUAAUUCUUACCGGGUCUGAAGAUGGCACUGUACGAUUUUGGCAUGCUAACACUUAUCGUUUAGAGUCAACAUUAAAUUAUGGCUUAGAACGUGUCUGGACUAUGACGUGUCAACGUGGUAAACAAAUAGUUGGUAUUGGUUAUGAUGAAGGUACUGUUGCUAUAUCUUUGGGUCGAGAUGAACCUGCCAUGUCUAUGGAUGCAUCUGGAAAAUUGGUUUGUGCUAGACAUUCAGAGCUAGUUCAAGCUAAUUUACGAUCAUUGAACUUCAGUGGGGAUGGAAAUGAAAUGAUCCAGGAUGGUGAACGUCUUCCAGUUACUUUCAAAGAUAUGGGUACAUGUGAAAUAUAUCCACAAAUUAUUGAACAUAACGCUAACGGACGUUAUGUGGUUGUUUACGGUGAUGGUGAGUACAUAGUUUACACUGCUAUGGCAUUAAGAAAUAAAACAUUUGGUCAAGGAUUAGAAUUUGUAUGGUGUCAAUCCGAUGCUGGAGUUUAUGCUGUUCGUGAGAGUAAUGCUGUUGUUAAGGUUUACAAACAAAUGAAAGAGGUUCGUACAUUUAAAUUAGAUUAUGGUGCUGAACAAAUAUUUGGUGGACAUUUAUUAGGUGUACGUUCAUUAACUGGUUUAACAUUUUAUGAUUGGUUAACUGGUCGAAUUAUUCGACGUAUUGAUAAUAAUCCAAAAGGUGUUUAUUGGAAUGAAUCUGGUCAAUUAGUAGCAUUAUGUACAAAUGAUACAUUUUACAUAUUACGUUAUUCAGCUGAUGCUGUACCAGAUUCUAAUUUGCCAACAAUCAAUACUAAUAACCAUGAAGAUAUAGAUGGAUAUGAAAAAGCUUUUCAACUUGUACCGAAUGGUGAAGUCAAUAAUCAAGUACUUAAUGGUCGUUGGUUUGGUGAUGCAUUUAUAUUUACAACACAAGGGAAUCGUUUAUGUUAUUUUGUCGGUGGUGAAGUAUUCACAUUAGCUUUAUUAGAUCGUCCAAUGUAUUUAUUAGGUUAUUUAGCAAAAGAAAAUCGUUUAAUUCUAGGUGAUAGAGAUUUACAGAUUGUUAGUUAUACUCUAUUACUCAGUGUAUUAGAAUAUGAAACAGCGGUAUUACGUGGAGAUUUUACAACUGCUGAUGCUAUUCUACCAAAUAUAUCAAAAGAUCAAUAUACAAAAAUUGCUCAAUUCUUAGAGAAACAAGGUUAUCGAAAACAAGCUAUGCGUGUCACUACAGAUAUGGAUCAUAAAUUUGAAUUAGCCUUACAAUUAGGAGAUUUUGAAUUAUGCCAACAAAUUGCCAUGGAUGGUGAUGCUAAAACAAAUGAAGCUAAAUGGAAACAAUUAGCUGAAGCCGCUUGUAAAGCUUGUAAAUUUAAAUAUGCUGAAGAAUAUUUAUCACGUACAGACGAUUAUGCUAGUCUAAUGUUAUUGGCGACAAGUUCAGGAAAUCGUAAACUACUUGAAUGGAUUGGCAAAGAAUCAGCUACGAAAGGAAAUGAUAAUAUUGCUUUUCUAGCACGUUUUCUUGUCACUGAUUUGGAAGGUUGUCUUGAAUUAUUAACAAAUGCUAAACGAUUCCCUGAAGCUGCAUUUUUUUCUCGUACAUAUUUACCAAGUUAUAUGCCUGAAAUAGUUGAACAAUGGCGUAAUUGGUUAGAUAAAUCGAAUAAAGCCAGUGCAAAAAUUGCUAAUUCUUUAGCUAAUCCAAAAGAUUAUCCAAAUUUAUUUCCAGAUCUCGAGGAGGCUUUAUCCACAGAAAAAUGGUUAAAAGCUGAUAGAAAAGCACGUUUAAAUUUACCCGCUUCAGCUUAUCCAACUCAACAGUUACCAGGUGAUCGUGAUCUUCACGCUGAAAUGCAAAAUAAAUCUGUCCUCAUAGAACCAUCAUCAUUUGAUGAUAAAUUACCGUUUCAUGCUAAUUUAAUUUCAACAACUACCAUAAAUAAUAAUAAUUAUAUACCGACUAUUGAAGAACAACAACAGGAAACUAUUUCACCGUCUGUUGUUAUCGCUCCAACAACACUACAAUCGAAUAGUAACAAUCGAAAUGAUUCUGGAGAUAGUGAAUUAGACUCAGUCAAGUUGAUCGGAGAUGAGGAAGAAGACGAGGAAGAGGAAGCAGAUGAAGAAGAAUUGGACGAUGACGACGACAACGAGGAGGAGGAAGAGAAUAACAAUAAUGAUCAAGUGGAUGUUGAAAAUGAACAAAUUGAAUCUUGGUACGAUGAUGAUGAUGAUGAAAGUGAUGAUAAUAUCGUCGACGAGAAACCUAAUAGUGGUUUAAGUGGUGAAGUGAAAACCACAUUGUCUGGAAAAGGGAAAUAGUUUAAAUAUAAAUAUUUUCUACUUUAAUAUUGUGAUCACUGUUAUUUACUACGAAUUGAUUUACUUUCUGUCUAUUAUUGACUUUUUGUUAGUCUAUUGUUCUUCUUUUAUUAGUUUUAUGUAUGUUUAUUUGUAUACUACUGGGCUUGUUCACUAGUUUUUGGUUGUUUGUGAGGUGGUUAUGCAGUCUGAUAACAACACAUUUAUACAUAAUAUACAAGUGUAUGUAU